CCAUUAUUAUUGUGAGAGCUAAAGCAAUUUGUUCUAUUCUUUUCUCUUCCUCAUAACUUCCCUCACUCAAUUACUAAAUUUGAACAAUUUGUGAUGGAGAUUCAAUUCCAGCAACCAAAUUUGCAGCAACAUCAGAAAGCAGGAACCAAAGGAGGAAAAUUCAAAGGGAGAAACAGAAACAGCAACACAAACAAAUUUGUUGGAGUGAGACAAAGGCCAUCAGGGAGAUGGGUAGCUGAGAUCAAAGACACAACUCAGAAGAUAAGAAUGUGGCUUGGCACAUUUGAGACAGCAGAAGAAGCAGCAAGAGCCUAUGAUGAAGCUGCAUGCCUCCUUCGCGGAUCGAACACGCGAACCAACUUCAUCACUCAUGUCUCCUUGGAUUCCCCUCUCGCUUCGCGGAUUCGAAACCUUCUUAACAACAAAAAAGGUAACAAAAAACAGGAAGGUGUUGUUGAUGUUGGUGUUGAUGUUGAUGUUCCUGCCCCAAGUGCUAGCACAACUAGCACUAGUAGUAACACAAGCAAUAGUGACAAAAAUGAUCAUAACUCUCUUUCUAGUGGGAAAGUUCAAAACACAAUGCUGUUUGAUGAUGCUUAUAAACCAGAUUUGAGCAAUUGCAAGGAGGAUUUUCAAUCUUGUCCACCUCAAUCCAACUUUUCUUGGGGUUUUGGACCGGUUUUUGAUCGUUUUCCCAUUGCUCAAAUUUUGGACAUGCCUAAGACUGAUGGCAUGAUUGAUGCAGCUAGCUUGGAGCUUUCAGAAUUUGAGAGAAUGAAAGUUGAGAGACAGAUAUCAGCUUCACUCUAUGCAAUUAAUGGGGUCCAUGAGUACAUGGAAACUGUUCAGGAUUCCAAUGAAACUCUGUGGGAUCUUCCACCCUUGUGCUCAUUGUUCUGUUAAACUUGAUCUUGAAGGUCUUAAGUUAAUGAUCCUGCAAAUGUUUCUUCCCAUAGCAUCAGUCUUAGUUUGUACAAUUAUUGAAAACUUGAGAGGGAGGAGUGUAGGAUCAAGGAUUGAUUGAAAUAUUACAAUAAAUAUAUUGCUUUAAUGAGAGAUAAUUCUGUUUUUACUGCU